AUGCUAUCUUCUGUUUUUGGCUUUAGUGUGCCGUGGCUUCAGCAGUUCCAUGCUGGCCUGGUCAGGCAGCACGCGUCAUUCACUAGUGAAGCGGAUGUGCUCACUGCGCAGGCUGCCCGCCUACGUCUGCUCAUCAGCCAAGGUUGGUUUACAUGGCGCCUUCUCACAAGGGCACUGGGGGCAGAUCUGAACCUGUCUGAGAUGGACUUUUUGAAGCCUUUGGAAGACAUGGUGGCCCUUUUCUUGCCGCAGUUGCAACACACAUUUGGACAGAAUAUGUUGCAGGCAGCAAAAGAAGCAGGCAUGCGCUGCGAUGUGGUGGUCCUCGAUGGCAACGCCAAGAAUCGGAGGGCUGUGUGCAGAGCAGCUUUGGCCGCCUCCUCUCAUUCUGAACAUCUCCCGCGACGUCGGCCUUCCGCCAUGCUUUUUGCCGUUGGCAUUGCGAAGGACCUAUGGACGGAGAAGAUCACCUUCAGGAUCAGUCGCAAAGCCUUGGUGAAGCAUCUUCUCCAUUGCCAUCAGCUUCUCGGCCUGCGGGGACAAACAGUCCUGCAGACCUGCAGCAGCUCUCAGACUCCACAGAUCUCAUGUCGGUCACCUGUUCUACGCACAAAGAAAGCACAGCUGCCCAAAAGCAGCUUAAAAAGUCUGCCGGAAUGCUGUGCGCAUGUUUGUCGGACGGUGUAA